AUGCUGACGACGGCAACGACGACGACGACGUUUAGUGAAGAGCUCGAACAGAAUAUAUACGAACCAUGGCGCUUCCAAUAUGUCUCAUACGAGGCGAUCCAGCGAGACAUGCAACGACGUCAGGACCAAGGGUGGACCCGCAACGACGAGGCUGACUUUGAACGCACAAUCCGUCUGGAAGCCGAAAAAGUAGACCAGUUCAUCACACGCAAACAGCGAGAAAUCGAUUCCAGAGUAGCGUACUGUGAGCGCACGCUGAUCCAGCAACGCCAAACAUCUGCUGGAACUAAACAAAUGUACGACGCCAUGGGCGAAGCCUUGACCGACAUUCUAAUCGACCUGAACGACCUUUCCAAAUACACUCGCUACAACUUUUUGGCACUGACAAAGCUGAUUAAGAGCCAUGACGAAUCAACAAAUACCAACCGACAACAGCUACUGGUUGAGAUCUCCAGAUCCAAACAGCAGCCAUUGGACCGACAGCGGUUCGAUACGACUUUGGUCAAAAUAUCAACUUUGCACGAUAUUUGCAGACUGUAUGGCGAAACCCGUACUGGUAAUGCGGCUGCAGGUGCUGACCAAAAUGCAUUCGAGCGAGCCACAGCCAAAUACUGGGUGCAUCCAGACAAUGUCACUGAAUUGAAAGCCAUUCUACUAUUCCAUCUGCCGGUCUUGGUUUUCAAUCCAAACAAGCCUGUUGAAGCCAGCGACAGCGCCAUUUCCAGUGUCUAUUUCGACAAUGACGAUUACGAUCUGUACAGUGGGCGCCUGGAGCGCGAUGAAGGUGCUGAGGCCAUCCGGUUCCGCUGGUAUGGGCCCAUGGAAUCGCGCGACAUAUUUAUUGAGCGCAAAACACACCAUGCGCCUUGGCUUGAUGGCGUGUCCGUCAAAGACCGCUUCCGGAUGGAUGUCGACAAAGUGGAUGAUUUCAUAUCCCAGCGCUACACCGCUGAGCAGUACGUCAGCGAACUCCGACAGAAAAACACGGAUUCGGCCGUUAUUGACCAAAAUAAGUUUAUUUUCACCGGCGUACAAAAGUCGAUUCGUGAAAAGCGUCUGAGCCCAAUCAUGCGUGUGUUCUAUAACCGCACAGCAUUCCAAAUUCCUGGCGACCAGCGCCUGCGUGUCUCCUUGGACACGGACUUGACAUUUGUCCGUGAAGACAUGGAUCGCCGCAAAGGCUCCUGGCGUCGACCGGACAUGGGCAUUGACCAUCCGUUCCGAAACCUGCCCGAGGACGACGUCUACCAUUUCCCUUAUGCUGUAUUGGAAACCAAGCUGCAGACACACCUGGGCCAAGAGCCACCAGAAUGGUUAUCACGACUGUUGGAUUCUCGCUUAGUGUAUGAAGUUCCACGCUUUUCCAAAUAUUUGCAUGGCGCAGCCCAUUUCUGGAAGCCUCGCUUGCCGUUGUUGCCAUGGUGGCUCAGCGAGCUGGAGUUAGAUAUUCGCAAUGCCAAGCAACCAUCGGCAGGCGGUAACGACUUUACUGGUCUUUCCAGGUCCAAGAGCUUGAAGCCACUUAUUGAUGGCCGCUACCGUAUGGGUUAUCUAGAAAAGCAAUUGGAGAAGCGUGCUACCAUCAAGCGCCAGGCAAGCAAAUCUGCUCAGCAACAGCAGCAGCCACGCGGCUAUGCUGCCGGUGGCAUGGUCACUGGUACAAUCCCAUCAUCAAAACAACAGCAAGACGGUGCCCAUGUUGUCCAAGUGAAUCCAUUUGACGAUCCAAUCUGGAACAGUAGCGAGCCACCGAUGCUUGACUUUGAGCGCAACUCACAAGCAUCUCGUUCGUACAACAACAUUGGCUCUAACGGCGUACGCAACCGCAGCAGCAACUAUUUGACUUCUUCAGAUACGCAACGCAAUGGUUUUGUCGACAGCUCAUCGACAGAUCAUUUGAUGAUAGAGCAACAGCAACGGGCAACACCGCGAUCCAUGUCUAUCAUGGAUAAUAGUGUCGUCGCCGACAAUCCUACUAGCUACAGCAAUUAUAAUAUGGACAACAGGACUAUCGUCCAAGCGCGCGACUCGGCUAUGAUCAAGGAUGAAUUUAGCAACGAUAAUCCCACAAGCGAAAAGAAAAAGAAAAAGAAGAACAAGGACAAAGACCAAGUCGAACGGCUUGAACCCAAAAUAUUUUUCGCCAACGAACGGACGUUUAUCAACUGGCUUCAGUUUGCGGCGCUGAUUCUUACGGCAGCGCUCAUGUUGCUCAACUUUGGCGACGGUGUGAGCAAAAUAGCAGGUGCCACCUUUUUCGGUAUUUCCAUGGUGUUGGCUUUGUAUGCUUUCGGCCGUUACCGAUAUCGUGCUUGGCAAAUCACCAACCGUCCUCGAAUACGUUAUGAUGACAUUUAUGGCCCCAUUGGUCUCUGCAUCCUCGUUGUUGGUGCACUUAUAGUCAACUUUGUCCUGCGUAUGCAGCAGCCCCCAUCCAGUUCGACGUAUCUUGGCAUCAACAAUCAGACCCAACAGCAGACCUAA